ACAACAAAAAAAUGGCAGGCCCAUCUUAUUCAAAAUACGUUCAUCCUCUUCAUGUUUUCUACACGAAGUUAACAUCUUCCACCUUAAGCCCCAUGAAACUCAAAACCCGAAUUCAGACCUUCAUCCUCUCACACUUAUGCCGAAUUGCGCGUGUUCUCACCAAAGCAAAAUCCAUCCUAAUUGAGAUUCUGAACGAAAUCCGAUCCAUUCGAUUCAUUCAAUCACUCAUUGAAAGCAAGAGAAAAAAUAAACACUAUUUUGAUCAACGUAGGUUGCACUACAAUUGGUGCUCUUCUCAUGUGAUAAAGGGGUACUCCACGAGCCAUGUAUAUUAUGAGUCUAAGUGGAACACUGUUACGUCGAUGGAGAGAGAUGAUGAAGGGGAGUCACAGCUUUCGGAAUACGUACACUGGCUUGAAGAGAAGGUUCAUUCUGAUUCUGCUACUGAUGAGAUCGAUCGGCUUGCGGAUAUGUUCAUUGCAAGCUGCCAUGAGAAGUUCAGGUUGGAGAAAGUAGAGUCCUACAGGAGAUUCCAAGAAAUGAUGGCUAGAAGUGUCCGAGGGUUUUUCAACUCUCUCUCUCUCUCUCUCUCUCUCUCUACUCUUUCUCUUUGUUUUAUUGCUUCAUGGUUGGGUUUGGAGAAUUGUACAUGAAUGGGGUUUAGGGACAUAUAGGUGCAAUUUUUCUAUUUGGCAUGUAUGUAUAUAUAUGUGCAACUUGCAAGGUUAUACAAU